AUGGUGUCAUUCAACUGCGAUGGCUGCGGCGACGUCGUCAAGAAGCCAAAACUUCAGCAGCACUACAACCGCUGCUAUGCGCCUGUUACGUGCCUAGACUGCUCGAUGCAAUUCAACUCGCCUAACGAGUUCAAGAGCCACAACAGCUGCAUCAGCGAGGCGGAAAAGUACGAGAGGAGCGUAUAUCGUGGUCCAAAGCAUCAAGGCCAGCAGAACGGCCAAACACCUCAGAAAAGCCAUCACCAACCCAUUAGCACCCCGGCUCAAGUGCAGCAGGCGGCAGCGGAGGUGGCCACACCUGCCAAAGAAAGCGCCGAUAAGGUGAACGGAAAGAGGAAGAGAAGAGAAGAGCAGGACGAGGCAGCGGCCGUCGUCGCUGUUGAGCCUUCAAGCCCCACAAAGAAAGAGAAGAAGGAAAAGAACGAGAAGAAGGAGAAGAAGGAGAAGAAGGAGAAAAAAGAGAAGAAGGAAAAGAAGGAACAGAAGACGCAGUCGGAAGAGAUCGCCGAACAAGUCCCAGAAAGUCCAAGCGACACAGAAAUCGACUCAGACGACGCAGAAGAGCACAUCCAAGACGAUCCAAUGCAAGCAGCCGACCAAGAGGAAAAGAUUAUCAAGCCUCUCUCAACAACCGAACUCGAAGCCUUCAAGAAGAAGCAACGCAAGCUCGGCAUCGUCUACAUCUCUCGCAUCCCACCCGGCAUGACUCCCGCCAAGGUGCGACACAUUCUCUCCAACUUUGGUGAGCUCGGUCGCAUCUAUCUCCAGAACGGCAGCAGACCCGGCGAAGCGAAGAAGAAACACGGCGUAGCCCACUAUACCGAAGGCUGGAUAGAAUUCACCUCGAAGAAGGUGGCCAAAGCCGCAGCCGAAAUGCUCAAUGCCCAACCCAUCGGUGGUCUCGCCGCUUCUAACUCGAAGAAGUCAGGCUCAGGUGGAGGCAGUAGCAAGAUGGGCAAAAGCAGCAAGAGAUUCCAAGAUGAUGUGUGGACUAUGAAGUAUUUGAAGGGUUUCAAGUGGCACAUGCUGUCCGAACAGAUGGCGCAGGAAAGAGCUAGCCACGCGGCAAGAUUGAGGACGGAACUGAGCCAAUCAGCUUACGAGCAGAAAGACUACCUCAAGAAGGUCGAAAGGGCCAGGGUACAGAAGGACAAGAUGGAAAGGAGAAAGAGAAAGGCGGAAAAGCUGGGGACCGAGGUGGAUGACGUGUCCGGCAUGGAAAAGAGUAGAACGUUCAAGCAGAGGAAGCCCGUGCAGAAGGACGUCCGUGAUCAGGCUUAA